AUGACGAAGCACAACAUUCAGCUCAACACACUCAAGGACUGUCUCCAGUUCCUGGAGUGGUUGAAUGGUGAUAAGAGUAUGCAACGAGAGGUGGCAAAAGAGCUGGGAAAACGUAUUAAGCAGUAUUACACUGCCGACUUUCUUAGAGAACAUACCAUUGAAUCCGCACUGUCUACAUUUCUCGGCCACGCGUCACAUUUCUACACGAGGCUAUGCAACAAUCCGCAGCCUUGGGCACAUGGAAGGGAAAGCGCAGAACAAAUAUGCAACGCCCUACUAGAGUGUACGCCCAAGUUCCUAGCCGUUAUGUACUUUUUGUGGUACAAUGUGGAUCCGAGUUUCUCACAACUUCAUGGCGGUGGUUGGAAACAGAACUGGACUGGGGCAUUAACGGGGAGUUAUUGGCACAAAAAUAGCGGCGGUGAUCUCGACCAAUAUCUCUUCGCGAAAUCCGGCGACUCAAAGCACGGCGUCAUCCCAGGUGGGUUCACGUCUGACGAUGAGGUGAUAUAUAACGCAACUUUGUUGGACAGAGGCUAUCCCCAAGGUUAUAGCAUGGCUGGGGACCUACAAAAGAUCGUGGACAAAAAAAAUUAUAAUUAUUUCCGCAGCGUCUUUGUGAGCUCCGUUAUUGGAGAAUCGGCCAAGCGUCCAGAGAACGCCGCGAAUUCUCUUGUGUUGGCGAGAACCUUUUGCGAUAUUGUUCUUGGGGAGGAAGACCAUGAGAAAGGUGGAAGCUUGAUAACAGCAUUAAAUGAAAGCCUUAAAUUGUUCAACAAAUCCAUCUGCUGGAAAGACUUAAGAGACCAUUGCACUAAGCUUAAAAGUCGAUUCAAAAAAAUCUUUGCCGAAAAACACUUCGACUUCACCGGGCUGUCGACGAAUACCGGAAACCUUAAUAAGACAGCGCUUGCGCAGAAAACAGCGGACUGGUUAAGAACGAAUAUAACCAACGUGCAAGGACAUUUGGUGAAAAUUGAGCAACACAAGGCCAACCAGCAUCUUGGAGAGUACUUCACGAAAAAUCUUUUCCCGUACGGUUUUACGAUUUUUAAUAGUACUCGCUUUGACAUGUUUCCAAGUGAUAUAGACACAUUGAAAAAAGAUUGGCGCGAUGUAAUUAAUGAGUUUAAGAAAACUGACGGCGAUUUGAAUACGCUCAGAGAAAUUUUGAGUGGAACGUAUAAUGUUUCAUGUAAAAAUCAAGACCCUCCGCCUGAAAAGAAAGCUGAGGGAGCGCAGAACCAGGGGAAGAAAGCUGAGGCGGCGAAGCCGACUGCUACUAAAACAGAGGUCACGAAACCUGUGGUCACUAGUCCUGAGGCAACUCCAAAUCAGAAUAAUGGUCAAAAUGGAGAAAGUUCUUCAGGUACACCAGUUGUAAAGUCUACUGCUCCAGCUCCGAGUCCCGGUAAGGAUGGAGCUUCAGGCCCAAAAGGAGCUCCAGGCCCGCAAGGGCCUCCUGGUAGUCAAGGUCCGCCAGGGCCUAAUGGUACAGGGUCCACGAAUCAUUCUCCACCUCAAGUUCAGAUCGAUCAAAAUGCUGUCCAACCUCAGCAACCUAAUACAGUAUUGCCAGUUCUUCCCCCGAGUGCUCCUGGAGGCACUGGCCACACUGCUCAGCCAGGUGACCCGGGUGCGGGUUCACCGGGCGGUGACGGUCAAGGUGCUCAGCCUGGUGGAUCUCCAGUUACAAGUCCUACUCAGCCUACAAGUGCUUCAGAUUCACAACCUGGACCAACUGGUGGUCAGGGGGCUAGUCAUCCAGGUGGUCAAGAUGUGAGUCAAACUACAAGUCAAGACACCGAUAACACUUCAAGCAGCGUCGCUAUUACGUCGGUUACAACGGUGUCUGGUGGAGGUGGGAGUGGAGUUGGAGGGGGUGGAGGUUCAGGUAGCCCACAGGAUCCGGCUGCGCUGUCUCCUAUACCCGCGAAAUCAGCGGCUCCAAAGUGCGGAGCUGGCCAAACCCUUGUUAAAAAUUGGCAUGACGCCAAUAUAAUAUGUGUUCCGAAAUCCAGGUCGCCGACUCCCCAUCGCGCUGUAACCGAAGAUGUCCUUCGAAAGAUGUGGGAUGCACACAACACGCAGCUUCUUCAUAACAAUCCACUUCAACAUCCUGAUCCACAAGAUAACCAUAUAGUUCCCUCCCAAGACCUAAGUAGGUCUCCCACUCACUCCCCUAAACCUGCCGGCCACUUUCCUGGCGCAAGGCUUCAGACUCCUCAGCCACAUACUGCGGAUUACCUCGGUGGAGAACCUGUGCCGGAGCCAUUUCCACCAGAAUCACCAUCCUUGGAUGGUAGCACCGUAAAAUAUGAAGGAAAUCCAGAACUUCAACAAACAUAUGAGGGCUUGUACAAUCAAAAGCUGCAAGACAUCCUCGACGCACAAGUUGGGCAGAGAAUUGCGAUGACAAACAUAGAAAAAAGGGAACAUGAAUUAAUUGAAAAACAACAAAGGGAGGGAGAAGAUAAGCUAAGGCGUCAUACACAGAUGCAACACGGUGAAAUAUUGGAUGGACUUAAAAUAACCAUUCCCAAAUACUCUCCCAAGCUGCCGGACAUCGGCGCAACCACCGGCGGCAAGUUGUCAAAAAAUAAUUAUCCUGCUCAUACGAUACCCACUGUGGAGCUUGACGACCAAGCCAUCGCCAACGUAUCAGACAUAUCUGGCGCCCCAAUAAAACAUUUUCGUAAGACUAUUCAAAAUGCCAAAAUCCCGACAGAUUUUGGUGGCUUGAAUCCCGCAAUACCGGAGACCAUAGGCCAUACAAUUCCUUCCCCUAAACGAAAUCAUCGCAUGCCGCCUCUUCCCCCAACCUUCAGGCCCCCUGGACGUUAUACUCCGCCGCAAUUGCCAGCCACCGCCGUGGACCCUGCACUUCCAUUGACAUCAAUUCCUGGAGCGUCCAUAUCUCAAUUUAGCGAUCCAUCAUUCCAACAAAUGAUGGACAUGAGUGGUGAUCCUGUCCCGGGCCAUAAUCCAGCAACAUCUGUUCCGCCAACCAAGCUGGACUUUCCGCUGCCGCCUCAUCCCCUUGAAAUAGAACCUCGGAAGUUCCCUCCGUCCGACAACAUCCUCAAAAACGAAAAUCUGAUUAUACCGCCACAUCCAGUCGAAUUCAUCGAUCCUGCACUUCCAAAUGAGGCGUAUCCCAACAUGGAUCCUGACAUUACUGCUAAGGAUCCUACCACCUGGGGUAAGUUUCAGGAUUAUGGUUUUACAAUAACCCCCAACUUUGAUCUCUGCCGCAAUCCCUGGUACGUCCCCGAUGCCUCAGAUGCUCCCAUCCAACCACCCCCCUCCCCUCCCCCAGACUCCUCCCAUAUGCCCCCGCCAGACACCGUCAGGGAGAUGCUCUACUGGAUGGUCGGGUUUAAUCAAUAUGGGCUCAUUGGGGAGAUCAGGGAGUAUGUUGGAGAUAUUUUAAUGAAGCUUAACAAGGAUGCUUCCCAGCCCUCAGAUUCCCUAGAUGUCACCAGGGAACCUUACAACCUGACCGCUUCCCUUGUCUCCCAGACCCUGACCGAGGCGUGUAACUAUGCGGCGAGCAUACUCCACAGGAUUAAACACAAGGACAUUUUUCGACAGACAUUUCAACCCCUGACUUCAGCUCAGAAUAUUCCAAGCUUCAUUACUCCACCGACCCCGCCUGCCUCCUCUGCCAGCUGCGGGACUACGCCUACGCCUGCUGCCACCAGUUGGCGUUCUUAA